AAAUUUACGUUUUGCCAGCUGCUUUUAUUUAUUAAAAAAAUGAUUCUAACUAUUAUUCUAGAUAUAGUGAUUGCAAUAUUAAAAUUUGUUUUAAUUACAGCACUCAAUUCAGCCUCUAGAACAACCAUCAUGACGUGUUUAUCGUGUCUUAGCUUUCUCGUCAUGGUUAUGGUCAUUCUGAACGAAUAUAUUUAUGAGUUGGUGGGAAGUUUCGAUGUUUUUCCCGUAACGAUCUAUUUCAUGUUUAUGAUUGUCCUGUUAUACUUUACACAGGUAACCAGAUGGGUGAUGAAAAAGUUUAUUCUUCCUAACAUGGCUGAUCAUAGAGAUUUCGCAAUCUUUAUGUCGCUGUUGAUUGAAAAUUUAGUGUUUUUCAAAUCCCUAAACUGGUUUUUGUUGUUAGUUUGUAAACUGACGGAAAAUCAUAAUGAUAAUUCGAAGAAUGUGGAAAAAGAUUUGAUGUAAUGAUCUAUGGGAAUGUAUAGUCUGACGUUUUAUUUUUAAAUAAGAUUUUAAUCAAAAAAUUAAGAAUUUUUUUACCAUCCUAGACUUGUAUUUGUAUUAAAUCAGAAAAAUAAAAU